UCGGCCGCCGUCGCUCCGCCAUCUUUCUCGGCUGCCCCAUUGUUCACUCAGCGGCGGUUAGUCCCUUCAUACUGCGCAAUAACUUGACGGUGUUACAGGCAGCUGCCCGCGACAGUCGUGGACUUUCUCUCAGGGUUGCGACUUGUUCUCGGUCAGCAAGUUAAACAGAAUGGACGAUGACCAGCCCAAAACCCUGUACGUGGGGAACCUGUCCCGGGACGUGACAGAGGCCCUCAUCUUGGAGUUGUUUGGCCAGAUUGGACCCUGCAAGAGCUGUAAAAUGAUAGUAGAUACGGCGGGUCAUGAUCCGUACUGCUUUGUGGAGUUCUAUGAGUAUAGACAUGCCACUGCCACAAUCGCGGCCAUGAACGGUCGGAAAAUACUGGGUAAGGAGGUCAAGGUCAACUGGGCCACGACGCCAACCAGCCAAAAGAAAGACACAAGUAGUCACUUCCACGUCUUUGUUGGAGAUUUAAGUCCUGAAAUCACCACAGACGACAUAAAAGCAGCUUUCGCUCCGUUUGGGAAAAUAUCGGAUUGUCGAGUGGUGAAAGACAUGGCCACAGGUAAAUCUAAAGGCUAUGGCUUUGUCUCCUUCUUCAACAAAUGGGAUGCGGAGAACGCCAUACAGCAGAUGGGAGGACAGUGGCUGGGCGGGAGGCAGAUCAGAACCAACUGGGCCACGAGGAAGCCGGCGCCUAAAACUACAAACGAGACACCCAACACUAAGCAGCUAUCCUUCGACGAGGUGGUCAACCAGUCCAGCCCCAGCAACUGCACCGUGUACUGCGGGGGGGUCACCACCGGCCUCACGGAGCAAAUCAUGAGACAGACUUUCUCACCUUUCGGCCAAAUAAUGGAAAUCCGUGUUUUCCCGGACAAAGGCUACUCGUUUGUGAGGUUCAACUCCCACGAGGCGGCAGCUCACGCCAUCGUGUCGGUCAACGGCACGUCCAUUGAGGGCUACGUGGUCAAGUGUUACUGGGGCAAAGAAACCACCGACAUGGUCAGCCCCAUCCAGCAGGUACAGAUGCCACAGAGCACGGUGAGCUUCGCGGCGGCGCAGCCCUACAGCCAGUGGGGUCAGUGGUACAGCAACACGGCCGCCCAGCAGCUCGGGCAGUACGUGCCCAACGGAUGGCAGGUGCCAAGCUACGGCGUCUACGGGCAGACCUGGGAUCAGCAGGGCUACAAUCAUUUACAUGCCGGGGCCGGAUGGACCGGCGUGGGGGCCGUGAGCAACGGGGCCAUGGUGGAGCCCGGCCAGGGAGUCAACGGGGCCGUGCUCACCAACACGGCCGGCAUGAGCGCCGCCGGCUACCACACCCACUGAUCAGCGGUCACAGUAGGCCGCUCUAAAGCCCGUAAGGGCCACGAGGAUGAUACUCUGCCGGGGGGGAGGGGGGGUGCAGCAUUAGAUGCUCUCUCUCUGUCACACACAGUUAUUCUGUUAGAGGAGCUGGUACCAUUUUUUUUAUUCUUUUUUUUUUUUUUUUUUUUAAUCAAACUUUACCAGCCCAUAACUUCACCCACUGCCCAAAUCUGCAAGUGUAAAGAAAAGCGAUCCACCCCAGAACACGUAAACACAGUGAAAACAGCUCGAUGCUCGUGCACCUCGCAUUCCUGGGCCCAUCUUUUUUGUUUGGCGUAUUUUUGUAAUGCCUGCAGAUAACCGGCCAAAUGUAAAUGAGACAACCGUGUGUAGAUAUUUCUAGCACAGCCACAUUUUAAGUUAAGAGAAACACCAACUAAUUAUAGAAAAACACCAGGGCUUUGUUUUCAGAGCCAAAGAGCAAGGGCAGCGUUUUCUACCGGUGUUUAACAAUCACACGGGGAGGACACGGCGCUCGCUCAUCCGUAGUCCGUCGGGUUUUAAUUGUUUUUCUUUUCCUCAAUUGGAACCUCUCGCUCUGGCUUCUGGUCUGUCCACCUGUCGCCGACGUGAACAACAAGUCCGAGGCAGUUCUCAGGGUCCGGGUCGUUCUGUGAAAAUAGAAGAUCGCUGAGCAGACGGAGGAGGCCGGUCGAGGGGAAGAGUGGAGAAAAACAACACAAAACUAUUGAAAAAAUCCUUUGCUUUCAUCUCCCGGGACGAACUGAACAGACUAAAGAGAAUCCUGUGUGUGUUUGCGCGCGUGUGUGUGUGUGUUCUGUGUGUGUGUGUGUGUGUGUGUGCGCAUGAACUGCUUUUACACACAAGAACAAUGUCCAGUUCAUCUCCCCCCUGAAACAGAAAGGACUACGCCAUUUUUUUCUUUUUUGCAACUGAUGAAAUUGUGUCAUUUCUGUUCUUUUGUUUUUGUUUUGAGCAACUUUAAAACGACGACAUUGUAUAAAAAAGCUUUUGCCUUUUUUUUGUGUUUCAUUUCGGGACUGUCUUAUGAAAAAUGUGGCAGGGACACCGUCGAAAUCAUCCAACACGCGAAACCUUUUCAUGUUUAUUUAUAAAACACUGGGUGGCUGUCAACUGUCAACUUUAUUUUUUAAUUAGAUUUUCAAUCUCUCAAAUGAACCAAUUGCAGGGAUUACUGCCACUCUUAUCUUACUUAUUGGCAGGUAAAUAUUGCACAAAUACUUAAGGUUAUCGUUUCACAAAAUUUGAAAUACUAGGUUGUUUUUUCUUUUCUUAUGUCUUUGCAUUCCACAUUCUUUUGUCUGUUUUUAUGUAUAUAACCAAACAGUCUGUUGAAUUGUACUGAAUCUGUAUAAAGACAACAUGUUAAUUAAGGGAGCGCCCUUGCUUCCUGUUGGACUCCACACGCCGCCGUCCGACCGCAGCGUCCCGUGCCGCUCCGUGUACAGCAGAGACGUCCAGCGGCGCUCGCAAAAACAAAGCCAGCCAUGCAAGAGCCUCUCCAACACAAGCAACACAGCGUUUAACUUAUUCUGUCUCAAAACCACGUCAUUGUUAUUAUAGGACAAGAAACAACCGAAUGGGGAUCCAAGUUUUGCACUGUGGCCACCAUCGUUUUUAAUAAGGGGGGAGGUCCAUUGUGUUGCCUUAUCUGUGAGUUACUUUUUUUUUUUUUUUUUUUAGUUUAACCAAAAAUCCUCCAGGAGUCGGCGGUGCCUAAGAAUGUUUUCAACCUAUGUUUUGGCGAAGGGAAGUUCAGCCGAUGCUUCAGUAACAUGGUUUGAGUUUUUGCUUUGUCCCCAUUAAAAUGCUGACGCUUCAAACAGGUCCCAGUCA